AUGCCUGCGAGUUCACUGCAAGUCACCAUCCCUGUUCUGCGCCCCCCUUUCCAUGCUCAUGUAAUCUCUGCGCCGGCAUCCCCAGCGAGCUGGGUGCAUCAGCACUCCACAUUCCAAAUUGCUUCGUCGCAACCAUCCUCCCCGGUGCAGGUUUCGCCUCUCCCAAUCUGGGCCGCAGCGCUUCCUCCCUCUCGCGCGCAAGUCGUUUUUGAUAGCACCAAGUCACAAUCAUCUACUCUUGUAUCAUCUCCAAGCUACUUGUCCGCGUUGGAUGCGGAUGCGCUCCCGGUGCAUUACGUGGAGCCGCCUUCGCCCAGCGUCGCAUCCUUAGUGGAAAUGUCUGUGCAUACACCUUCGAGAACGGACUUAUUGGGAGAAGAUUUUGACGUCCCAAGCCCUCAGUUCCUUUCUCCUAUUCAUCCGGACUAUGUGUCUCCCCAAGAGAACUCUCAGUCAUCGCUGAGCACGAACAUGCUCGGCACACAUCAAGAUGUCCGUAGUGUGUCAACGAUAUCGACCUCACCUCCGAAGAGUCCACCUUCUGCUACGGCGCUGUCAUCUUCUGUGAACCAGCUAGCAAACCGCAGCCGGUCAACCACGCUGGUAGAGGACGAUCUCCAGCCCUCGCAAGCCUCUUGCUCGUCCUGCUUCUCAGGGUCCGGAUCUCAGACUCGCCAUUCCGUUUUCUACAUGAGAGACGAGAUGGUGGUACUGGAUGUAUCCGGUUGUUUGUACAGAGUACAUCGCCACUUCCUAGAGCGGAACUCUGAAUUUUUCCGCAAGAUAUUCUCUGGAUGUACUAGCGAGGAUGCAAGUACCGGGGGCACAGAUGACACGGCCAUCGUGCUUCCUGGGGUCGGACAACAUGAGUUUGAUGUCUUGCUAGAUUUCCUCUACUACCGGGUAUUCGAGGAUGAAGCAGUGUCUUUGAGCGAGUGGAUUACAUUGCUGAAUGUGUCUACGCGGCUGCGUUUUUCCAGAGUCCGGGCUUGCGCCAUCCGUGAGAUCACCGCUCGGCGUGAGUCACUCAGUGCGGUCGAGAUCAUCGUACUUGCAAUCAGGCAUGACAUACCUGGAUGGCUUGCGUCGGCUUAUGCGGAUCUGUGCCGUCGGACUCAUCCCUUGGACGAUCUGGAAGCGGAAGAGCUGGGCGCACGUAUCACUGCUCGAGUUGGACGUGCGCGCGAGACAAUUCGCGACGAGACCUAUAGAAGCUCCCAGGAGAAACGGAAUGGAAAUCGCUCCAGUGGCUCGGAGACUCUAGAUGAAGAGAUAGUUUCUAGGGUCGUAAUGGACGUUUUCUGGCUCGGGGAUGGGUCGAGACGUAUAUGA